UGGUGUGAGAGAAGACUUUCCUUAUGUGCAAAAGCUUUAUCACAUUCAGAACACUGAUACGGCUUCUCUCCAGUAUGAAUCUGUUGGUGUGUGAUAAAUCUUUUGCACAGAAAGCUAAUCUUAUCACAUUGAGAACACUGAUGUGGCUUCUCUCCAGCAUGAACCCUCUGGUGUUCAUUUAGCUGUGCCUUCUGUAGAAAAGCUUUGUCACAUUCAGAACACUGAUAUGGCUUCUCUCCAGUGUGGCCCCUCUGGUGUCUGAUAAGAUCUGCCUUCACUAUAAAAGCUUUGUCACAUUCAGAACACUGAUAUGGCUUCUCUCCGGUGUGAAUCUUCUUGUGUUUUAUAUAAGAUUA